AUGACCGAUGAUGAUGUUUAUGAUGAACUUCCUAAGGAAACAUCUAUUCUUGGUCUUUAUCAUGAGGCUAAUGAUAAUCCAUUAAUUAGUUCUGAUAGUGAAGCGGUUUCUAGUAGUGGAGCAGUUUCUAGCAGUGGGGUAGUUUCUAGCAAUGGGGCAGUUUCUAGUAGCGUGGCAGUUUCUGGUAAUAGGAUCGUUUCUGCAGUUUGUGUAGAUAACCAAUCUCCUGCAACAAAAAAAAGAAAACUGAAAUAUAGACGAAAUUAUGAAAAGUAUAGUUGGGUAUGGAAAUACUUUGAUUUAAGUAAAGAUAAACAAUAUGAUGUAUGUAAAGUUGAGGUGAUGAAUUUAAACAACGAAAAAGUUAAAUGCGGUCAUAAGUUUAUACAUAAUGGUAGCACAGGAAAUAUGAGCGGUCAUCUUCAAAAUAGACAUAAUCUACAGGAAAAUAAAAAUAAAAAUAAUAUUGAUUCAACCAAUACGUUAAAUUCUAGUGAUAGUGAUUCACUGUCAGUAAAUGCUGAAGAUUCUAACAAACUCAUUUUACGAAAUAUAGCAGAAAUAAAAACCAGAUGGAAUUCCAAAUAUCAUUCAUGGAAACGGUUACUUAAGUUACGUAAAGCAAUUGAAUGGUUAUGUGCGACGUUACCUUUAUCCGACAACUCAGAUGAUCAAGCAGAUGGUCAAAAACUAAAAAAGCUAGUUCUUUUAACACGAGAGUGGGAUCUGCUAACUCAAAUUAUUGUUUUGUUAGAGCCGUUUGAUGAUGCUACCACUUAUUUUAGUGGUUCACGAUAUGCUACCUUAUCAAUUAUAUAUCCAUUAAUUCAAGCCCUUAAAUAUACGUAUGUUGAAGUCGAAGAAGAAAGUAAUGUACCAGAUAAAGAACAAGAUACGCCUAAUUUCUGUCAUGAAGAAUCAUCUGAUGAUGAUAGUGAAGAUUCAGAUACUGAUAUUAUAGAAUCUUCAACACAUCAUAAAAUAAUUGUUACUACUAACCCAGAUGAUAAUUCUUUACAAACUUCUCCAAUUAUUAAAUCAAUGCGUCGUAUUAUCUAUAACUCAUUAUUUGAUUAUUGGAAUGAACCAAUAAUGACCGGUUUGUUGGCAUCACUUCUGGACCCCCGGCUCAAAACACUUUCUAAUUGGGAUGAAGAAACUCAAGAAAAAGCUAAAGAAGAGUUGACACGUCAAUAUGAAUAUAUAAUUUCUUCAACUUGUGGACAAAAAAUGAUGCCAGAACAUGCUAUUACCUCAAAAAAUAUUAAUACCCACCGUAAUCGUUUACAUUCAUCAAUCUUUG